UAUAUUUCCUGUGGAUGUAAUCUUAAUUUCACCAUUUGCUGAUGAACUAGCAUGGACUUGGUUUUUCCUAUGAUUUUAGAGAUCAUUUAUGUUUUAUCGACAUCUGGGUUAACAGUGCUUGAGGCAAAGUCAAAACUGCCUCCCAGAGCAAGUCAUAAUUGCAAGCCUAGAUUUCGAAGGUAUGUUUGGAAGAAUCUUGAAGUGAAGAGAAAUGACAUAAUUUACAUUCCAGCCUUUGGGGGCAAAGAAAACUGGGGGAAGAAGUUGGAGAAACCUGAAAGGGAGCUAUGCCUAUUACUCAGAGGAGGCAGUCUACCAACAAAAGCCUUGUGUCACAGUUCACACAUCAUCAUGUUGCCGUGUUCCUCCUCACUUUCUUCAGCUACUCUCUUCUCCAUGCUUCCCGAAAGACCUUUAGCAAUGUCAAGGUCAGCAUCUCCAGCCAAUGGACCCCCUCUUGCUUUAAUGACUCUGCCUUCAUUCUUCAACCAUACGAGCUUUGGAACAGCAGUCAUCUAUUUCCUAAUGCUGAAGAAGCUACAUUAUUUCUUGGAACAUUGGAUACCAUCUUCCUGUUUUCUUAUGCUGUGGGCCUGUUUGUUAGUGGUAUUAUUGGGGAUCGUUUGAACAUGCGCUGGGUUCUGGCAUUUGGGAUGUGCUCCUCUGCCUUAGUGGUGUUUGUGUUUGGCACCGUCACCGAAUGGCUGCAUUUCUACAACAAGUGGUUCUACUGCUGCCUGUGGAUUGUGAAUGGCUUGCUGCAGUCCACGGGCUGGCCCUGUGUGGUAGCUGUCAUGGGAAACUGGUUUGGCAAAGCUGGGAGAGGAUUUGUUUUUGGACUCUGGAGUGCCUGUGCAUCAGUGGGUAAUAUCCUUGGAGCAUUUCUUGCCUCAUCGGUUCUGCAGUAUGGCUAUGAGUAUGCCUUCUUGGUGACUGCAUCAGUACAGUUUGCUGGAGGAGUUAUUGUCUUUUUUGGCCUUGUGAUUUCUCCCAAAGAGAUAGGCCUCCCUGAAAUUGGCAAGGAAGGGAAGGGUGAAACUGCUGAAGAAGAUGCCACUGAGCCAUUAAUUAGCAGCCAGGAGAAUGAAGAUUUUGAUGAACAGAAUUACACUAUUCAGGCAUCCAACCUAAGCAGUACAAAUGCUCCAUCCCAGGCCAUUGGAUUUUUUCAGGCAUGUUGUCUGCCUGGCGUCUUAUUGUAUUCCUUGGCCUAUGCUUGCCUGAAGCUAGUGAAUUACUCCUUCUUCUUCUGGCUGCCCUUCUACCUCAGCAACAAUUUUGGUUGGAAGGAGGCAGAAGCCGACCAGCUCUCAAUCUGGUAUGAUGUUGGAGGCAUUAUAGGUGGUACCAUCCAAGGUUUUAUCUCUGAUGUGCUACAAAGAAGAGCUCCUGUAUUAGCUAUUAGCCUCAUCUUGGCUAUUGGAUCUCUCUUUGGAUACAGCCGUUCCCCAAAUAACAAACCUAUCAAUGCAGUUAUCAUGGCAAUUACAGGGUUUUUUAUUGGAGGCCCUUCCAACAUGAUCAGCUCUGCCAUUUCUGCAGACCUGGGGCAUCAGGACGCGAUCAAAGGAAAUAGCGAAGCUCUUGCAACCGUGACAGGGAUUGUGGAUGGCACCGGCAGUAUUGGGGCUGCUGUGGGUCAGUACUUAGUAUCUUUGAUCCAGGAGAAGUUGGGAUGGAUGCAAGUUUUCUAUUUCUUCAUUCUGAUGACCAGUUUAACGGUGGUCUUCAUCAUGCCGUUGAUCGUGAAAGAAACCAACAUGCUCCUUACGCAGAGGCGCUUGCGCAGGUUGGCUGGCUGACCCUCUUCUUUUUUCUGUUGAGUGGACUUUUUUUUUUCCAAGAGGGAACUUGGCACUUCAGGCCUUUUGCAUUCAUUUCUUGAUUUACAUCCACAAAGAUCGGAUUUGCUGAGAAAUGGCCACCAACACGUUCAUCGCUGAAAGAUUGUCGUCUGCAUCCCAUCUGAAGAUAAUGCUAUGGAAACCCACAACUGGGAAAGAGCUGGCUGUAUGCUUGGAAGGCUUAGUUGAGUGUAACCGUGAGAGACGUUACGUCUUUUGAUUUUUAUCCCUUGUUUCCAAGGCUUGUUUGUGCGAUUAUCAAGAUCAAAUGAUAAAAACAUUGGGUUUGUGUGUGGGAGAAAGGUUUCUUGAAAGCAGAAAGUGAUUGUGCCUAGAAAAAGCGUUUGUAUAGUAAACCCUUGAUUUAAUGGAUUAGGGACCCGGGCAGGGGAAAGGGGUAUCUAUUGAAGCUGAAUGAGAUGGUUCAAAGCCAAAAUGUACCCAUACGUGAAAUUACUUUAAUAAUCGUAAGUGUUUGGUGUCGCCUUUACCUAUGAAGCCAUAGGUAAAUGCUAUACCUAAAAGUACAAACGUUUCUACCCUUUCUUACAAGACAUAGUUACCAAAUCUUGUAAAAGAGUUUGAGAUAGGCACUAACUGACCAGGGAAUUAUUUAUGAACUAUUUUUUAAAAAACAAAUUAUGCAUGUGCAGCAGCAGAAAACAUUGCCUCACCUGAUUUGAUCCAUUGUUUGGGAUGAAUUCUAAUACUGCCUGAAAUUCAGACAAAAAUCCAGAUCCAACCUAUUUUGUCUACUGCAUUCAAGAUCCAUUAAACAGAGGACUUACUAUACUUGCUUUCUUCCGAUUGUGCUCAUUUAUUGGUGGCAAUCUUCCAGACGUUUUUAAACUUGAGGUUCCUUUGUGUCUCCCCAUUGGCUCUGCUGGCUAGGGCUGAUCGGAAUUGGAGCUCAGCGGCAAGAGGACAGCCACUUUACCUGCCCUGAUGCCAAUAUAAUAAUGUUAUUACGUAAUGUUAUUCACAAAGAUAAUGUUAUUGACAAAGGGAGAAAUCCUUCGGAUACCUUGUCUUCCCCCACUUGCAAACCAGAGUGGAAUCAUCAAGCAAAAAGCUUCUCCAGCUGAUGAUGGGCUGGUGCCUUUACACAAACCAGCCCUUGUAUAUUUCUUUGUACUGUAAUAAGUUUGGAUCUUUGUGUUGUAAUCCAGGCACCCCCCCCCCCCAAAAAAGCUGCCAAACGGAGGAAAUGGACGGCGCUCUUUGCAUUUUACUUUGGUGAAAAGGAAAGGCAUUUCCAACUAUUUAGUCUCAAAAGAGCGUUUCAGAGCAACCUGGGCCAAUCCGCUGCUGGUUUUUGCAAGCUUUUUGGUAGCUCCCUAACUGCGUAUUUUUUUUUUAAUUAAAAAAAAUAUACAACAGGGUACUAUUAAAGCAGCUCUGAAAUCCUUGGUGUCCUUAUGUAAAAAGAACAUUUGUUAGGGUGUUUGUUUGAUCUCCAAAUAUUUGUCCUAUCCAGAUGUUCAUGUUAAUUUAACCUUCUCUCUCUCUCUAGCAGAGCAACUGCAUUCCGUACUUGAUUUUUUAUCUUCUCUUAACUGUCUAGUAUGUGAAAAGAAGCGGAGUCUCUGGAGGUGCGCAGAGCCAACUAUUUUAUAUGGAGGGUUAGUAAUCACAGUUUUAUUAGGAUCCUUAUAUUUUUGUUAAUAUUUUUUAAAAAAUAGGUUUGAGAAUAUGAUAAGGGAAAUAAAAGGGAAUAAUUAUCAUCGUUUGAGAUUGUUUACUAUGUCUCCUUUACUGGAGAUCACUGUCGCCUACAGAUAAGCAGAGACGCCUUGAUUUCUUUUUUAAGGAUUCCACCAAAGCUGAUCCUUUCUUCCUUAAGACCCUAUAACAAUACCAGCGGCCCCCAACUUUUGGGUCGCUAGGGACCGGUUCCGUGGAGAGAGGUUUUUCCGUGUACCGGAGGAGGUGUGGUUUCAUGUGCUGCCAGCAUCCUGCAAAUAGGGCUUUGCUUGUUUGUGCAGCCUGCUUUCUGGCGUGCCACAGCCAGUCCACCAGGGGUUGUGGGCCCCUGAACUAUACAAUCAGUCUAUCCAAGAUGCCAUUUUUACAUAUUUCGGAAAUUUCCAAACAGGAAUAUAUUAACAAGUGCUGUACUCAGUGGCAUUUAUGAUACCCCCAAAUUAAAUGCAAAACGUUGGAUUUUAAAUAGCCCAAAUCUUGAGAAAUCAUCAAAUCGUGUAAGAUCUUGGUCUUUUUUGGGGUCAAAUGAUGUAAGAUUCUGGGCAUUUUAAAAACAUUAUUUUUAGCACCUCUGACGCAGCACUUGUUCUUGGGAUAAUACCUCCAGCUUAAAAAAACUUGCUAACUCUAUUACUUGUGCAAACUGAUGUGCAUCAAGCAGUCAGACUCCAAUUUUUUUUUUUUUUUUAUGUGGAAUAACUGGUGUUAUCCUGUGUUUAUGUUUUCCUCAAUCGCGUACCUGCAGGCCUUAUUCAUUAUGGCCCCACUUGAAUGUUUAAUAAACAGGGCAUGCUCUGGCUUCCUACAGAAGAGAUGGAUUUUUUCAGCAUUAUUGUCAGAUCUAGCUGGUGACUCUAGUUCAAAAUGGGGGGGCGGGGGGAUGGGCAUGUAAUCUUCAGCACAGGCUGACAGACCACAGUAACUGGGUUCAAACAGCACACUUAUCCAGUUUCAAACAUGUCUGCGAAUGAUGAAAGUAUCCCAGUGUUAACCUUUUUCUGAAAGUGCACCGUGCCAUUGCAUGCAUGCAGCUGAAACUUCAUUUUUCUGAGUCAAUGUGUUGUGCAAAUAUAGCCCUUUUAGUUAGUUCACGGUUCAGUAUAUUGUGGGAACUCAGAAAACCGGUUAAUUUAAAAAUGAAGUAGUUUUUUUAAAUGCAAAUCCCGCCUUCAAGAACUGAAAAUUAGAUUAACGCUACAAAAUGAGUUUCUUUAGGGUGUUGGGAUCCUCAACUCAAUUUUCAAAACUGCUUUUUACCUGCUGACUUAAAUGUCAUCUUGACCUUACAUUUCUAAUGUUUGGUUGUUAUUGAGAUUGAGAUUAAAAAAAAGAACACUAAGCAAAUUGUGAAUUUGAGGGGAAGAAAUUAUUUGUUUUAAAUAUUUUGUAUGUGCUUAAUGGUUAGUUUCUUUUAAAAAUGUAUAUGUUCAUGUAGAUUUUAAAAACCAUGUUGUGGCUGCUGUAAGUGAAAUUUUUUGAUAAGUUAAGAGCCUCUUAAUUGUGUUGGUUUACUGUUUUGUGUGUUCUUUUCCUGCCAUGCUGCUCCAUUCCACUGUUCACAAUACACAAUAGCCUAAUUUAUGAGCAUUUAAAAAAAAGAACAUUUCCCAACAUCUUUACUUUUAAAUUCGAAAUCUACUCCAAGAGUAGGAAAAAAAAGUACAGUAUAAGCAAAUUUUACUUUCUCUCUUUUUUCUUUCUUGCUCUCCUUUUCCACGUGAUUUGUGGCAUCAACUCUUUCAUGGUUUACUUUGAAAAGAGAUGCUCUCAACCGUUGACUUUUGUUUUUAAUCAUGAAAGUACUUUCUCUGAAAAUAUACUUAAAUGAUUUGAAUUAAGCACGAAAUCAUGUGUGUUGAAUUCUGCCCUAGUUAAAGAAGCUUUUCCAGAUUUGGGGACGUAAUCACUUUUCUCACUUCUGGUUAGCUUGAUGGGAGGCAGCCAGAAAGACCACCCUUCCUGCAUAUUUUCACCAUGAGAGAAUAACAGGAAACUUUAUAAUCACAUCCUUGAAUCAAAAUGUGAGAGCUCAGUCUAUGGAUUUCUUGGCUGGCUGAAGGUGAAGACGAGCCAACACUCUGAAGAAGCAAUCACCCGAUCUGGCACCUUUGAACUGUUAGACUGUGUCUCCCAUUGUCUCCAGUCAGCAUAGCUGAAACUGCAGUUCAAUACAUACAGUAUGGAAGGUUCCAGGUUUGCCAAAGUCUGUUCCAGGGUAUGGUAGAAUUGGUUUUAAUGCAGAUUGUCUUCGUUUGAAAUACUGUUAUGUGCGAGGAAUGGCAACUCACGUAUGUUCAAACCAUGUCUACUGCAUUGGGAAUGCUUGUUUGCCUUUUGCCUGGGUAGCUGUUAACUUAAAUAGAAAUUGUUCAUCUUAGCAAACACAAUAAAAACAUAUACAGAAUUUUCUUUGCAAAGAGCCAAUUUUGCUGCUCAGAGUCAUGUAUUUGAGAUGGGCAGCCAUGUGAAUGAAUGAAUGAACAAAUGAAUGAAAAUUAAAUGCUGUCAAUAACAAAUUCUUCAUGGGGUGCUAUGAAACGUUCUGUUCUUGGUAAUAGUUUCUCUUUCUAAUAUAUUUCCACUUAAAUUCUCUGAAAG